UCCGAAUCUCAGCUUCGGCAGUCCCUAACCUUCUGCUUCGGUUCUUCGAAGUCUCAUCAUCAUCAUCUUCUUCUUCUUCUUCUUCCCAUUUCACUGAUCACUCACUCACUUUCCCCUGCUUCUCACUCCCACAAACAUCUCUUUCUUCACAGUAACGGUUUUUGGUCUAUUAAGGCUUUUAGAACUGCUGUUGGUUGAAAGAAUUGGAUAAUCUAGAGUAAAGAUGACAUUAUUGUCUGGAAAAAGUGUUUCACUGAACCCCAAUGCUCCAAUCUUCAUUCCUUUUGCACUUCGCAACAUCGAGGAUUUCUCUCCAGAAUGGUGGGAACUAGUCAAGACAUCGCGAUGGUUCCUGGAUUAUUGGCUAAGCCAACAUCAGGAAGAUGAUUUUGACAGCAGUAACGAUGAUCUAGUCAAUACAGAAGAGUUUCUUGAUAUGGUAGAGGCAGAGUUUGAGGCUAUGGUUCUAUCAACUGAAACAGAUGAGAAGCCUGAAGUCAAACCAAUAGCUCAUGAGAAUCUCAUAAAAGGUGCAAGUUAUGAAAUGGAUGCCAAAAAAUUACUGAAGGAUCUAGUCCUUCCAAAUUCUCCAAAGAAAAAAGGUCCAAAAUCCCCAGUUGGUCCUGCUAAGUACAAUGAGAAGCCAGCCAAGUGUAUGAGCCCGAAACACUCUCCAAGGUUCAUUCACCAGCCUCGUUGAAAAAGAGAUUCAAACUGGAUACUGGAUUGCUAUUGCAGCAAGCAUAUGGAACGAGCGAGUACAAUUGUCGUCAUCCAGGUUGUGUAAGUUUCACUUAAUUAUGAGUUUUCUCACUUAAUUAUGAGUACAAUUGUCGUCAUCCAGUCAUAGUCAUUCACUGGCCUCGUUGGAAGUGAUGCAAACUGGAUAUCGGAUUGCAGCCGCAGCGAGUGCAUGGAAUGAGUAGGAUCGUCGUGACACAUAGAUCAUGUAAGUUUACAUUAAGACAAGUAGAUUGAAAUUUGACACAAGUCUUUCAUCAAUUCACUUUUGUAUGUAUAUAUGAUAUCACAAGUUAUAUGUAUCAGUCUUGUAGUCUUUUCUGUAUAGAUUUGGAGUACUUUCUGGUCCUCUGUUCAGAACUUACCAUAAUAUCAUUACUCAAUAAAGAGCUGUCUCUGUUA